AUGAUUUGAUGUUGCCAAUAGACUAGCGCUGUUAACUCAAACAUGUGUUGGCGUUGCCACUAUGCUAAAGUCUGUUAACUAAAAUGAGCUAAAAAUUACCAAAACGCGAACGACUUUUGGACUUUCUGCGAUUGGAAUUGUGGCUGUUUUCGCUCUAAGCAUACACACAACAUGUUUGCCAACAACACACGCAAUUUGGUGCGCAGCAGCUUUUUGCAGCGCUGCAAGAGCACUUUGGUGGUGGCAGAGCACAACAAUGAGGCACUCAAUCCGCUGACGCUCAAUACAAUUACGGCGGCCAAGAAGAUCGGCGGUGACGUCACAGUUCUCGUAGCAGGCACAAAAUGCGGACCCGCCUCGGAAGCUGUAGCCAAGGUUGAGGGCGUCACCAAGGUGCUGGUAGCAGAGAAUGCCGCCUUCAAAGGAUUCACAGCGGAAUCGUUGACUCCUUUGGUCCUCGCCGCCCAAUCGCAAUUUAAAUUUACGCACAUUUUGGCUGGAGCCUCUGCCUUUGGCAAGAACGUGCUGCCACGUGUCGCCGCCAAGUUGGAUGUGUCGCCCAUUUCGGAGAUCAUCGACGUCAAGUCAGAGGACACCUUUGUGCGCACCAUUUACGCGGGCAACGCAAUACUCACGUUCAAGUCGAAGGAUGCCGUCAAGGUGAUUACAGUGCGUGGCACAAAUUUCCCACCAGCAGCCACCAGUGGAGGCAGUGGCGCUGUGGAGCAGGCACCCGCUGGUGACUAUGCCAGUGCGCUGAGUGAAUUUGUGUCGCAGGAGCUGACCAAAUCGGAUCGACCGGAGUUGACCGGCGCCAAGGUGAUCAUCUCGGGCGGACGUGGCCUCAAGUCGGGCGAUAAUUUCAAGCUGCUCUACGAUCUGGCUGAUAAAUUUGGCGCCGCUGUUGGUGCCUCGCGUGCCGCUGUCGACGCCGGCUUCGUGGCGAAUGAUCUGCAAAUUGGACAAACGGGCAAGAUUGUGGCACCCGACUUGUAUAUUGCUGUGGGCAUUUCGGGCGCCAUUCAACAUUUGGCUGGCAUGAAGGAUUCGAAGACAAUUGUAGCCAUCAACAAGGAUCCCGAGGCGCCCAUUUUCCAGGUGGCCGACAUUGGCCUCGUCGCAGAUCUAUUCAACGCUGUGCCCGAGCUCACUGGCAAAUUGUAAAGAUCGCUAUAUAUAUAUAUGUAUAUGUAUGUAAUUGUAUAAAGCUAAUUGAUUCUGUUCAGAGUUAAGCAUGGAAUUGUUGCAUUUAUUUGAAAUUUAGUCUCUUGUGCGUGUGGCAAGUUUGCCUCCCUUUUUUAUUAAACAACAACAAAAUUGGA